UCUCCGCCCUCCGGAGCUGAACAGGCUGGAUGCAGCGCAAAGCUUUCCAGCGCUCAAUGAGUUAGUAAGAAAACUGUUUGCAUACCAGUCUCCCCUCAAUACUGCAAGACCAAACUGGGCUUGUAGAUCUCCGAGCGGUGGAAUUUAUUAGUUGGACUGCUGGGCUUUUCUCCCCCUCCGUGGACAAUCCCAAUCGAUCGGCGCUUUUUCUAAAUCAGCUGUACCUAUUUCCGUUGAUUGUAGGCUGUACAAAUAUUUACUGACAUCUUCGCAGGGAAACAGCUUAUCACAGCGAAAGGUUUCGGCACUGAGCUGUGCUUUGAGCCCAUGAAAACAGGAGAGGAGCAAAGACCAAGAGAAGUUAUCAGCUUCACCUGAACAAAGACGAAGCACAAGCAGAUACACAUGGGGCAGGGAGAAGCUUCAGCAAGAGGGACAACCAUGGAGGGUGACUGUCUCAGCUGCAUUAAGUACCUCAUGUUUGUCUUCAAUUUCCUCAUCUUUCUGGGUGGCUCCUUCCUCCUGGGGGUUGGAGUGUGGGUGCUGGUGGACCCCACAGGAUUCAGGGAGAUCGUGGCAGCCAACCCCCUGCUGUUCACCGGUGUCUACAUCAUCCUGGCCAUGGGAGGCAUGCUCUUCCUUUUGGGCUUCCUGGGCUGCUGUGGAGCCAUCCGCGAAAACAAAUGCCUGCUGCUCUUUUUCUUCAUGCUCAUCCUCCUCAUCUUCCUGGCAGAGCUGGCCGCUGCCAUACUGGCCUUCAUAUUCCGGGAGCAUCUCACCAGGGAGUAUUUCACCAAGGAGCUGAAGAGACAUUAUCAGGGGUACAACAACACUGAUGUCUUCACCUCCACAUGGAAUGCCAUCAUGACCACGUUUGACUGCUGUGGAGUGAACAGCCCGGAGGAUUUUAAGGAGAGUCUGUUCAGGCUGAUGAACCCAAAAGAGAUGGUGCCAGCAGCCUGCUGCCAGCAGACCAGUCAGCCCGGGGACAUGGCCUAUCUCAGCCAGGAGCAGUGCUUAUCAGGCAAUAUGAUGUUUCGCCAUAACAAGGGCUGCUACUCUGCAGUGGUUGACUACUUUGAACUGUACAUCUAUGUGGCUGGAGCUCUGGCCAUCGUGGUGCUGACUAUUGAGCUCUUUGCCAUGGUCUUUGCAAUGUGUCUGUUUAGGGGGAUCCAGUAAAGUAGUUUCACCUGUGAACUUUUUUUAAAGAAAAAAAUAAGGGAAUUCAGGAGAAGAAAAAAAUGGACACCUGCAAAUUUGUUGAUCUCUUUUAUAUUGGUUAAUUGGUGGGAAACAAACUCUGUACUUCACAGCUGGACUUUUGAGGUACUGGGUGGCAAAAAAAAAAAAAAAAAAAAAAAAGAUACAAACCUUACAGAAAAUGGGAGAUCGGAAAAACUGAUGUAACUGAUUUGUAUGUAAAAUGGAAACAAGUAAUUUUGUGGACCAGGUCUAGCACAGACUGGGCAUAAUGUGGACCGGGCAUGAGGAGGACCAGGUGAAGCCUGAGCAGAAGGCACUGCACUGACUUUUGGAUGAAGAAUAUUUAUAUUGAGUAAAGUAGAGUUGGCUUAACUGUAUAGAAAAUGUGUGUUUUAUGUACACUUUGGCUGUUACCCCCUCCCCUUCAUAUACUGAUAUCACGAUCCCCCCUCUACAUGACUUUGACAGAGCCACACUUCUUUAAUGCUGUAUUAUAUAAGCUUAGUGUGUGACUGAGUGUGUGUGUGCGUGUGUGUGCGUACGAGCAUGUGUGUGUGUGUGUGUGUGUGUGUGUGUGUGUGUGUGUACAUAUGAUCUUCAUGAAAGUAUGUGAACCAGUGUGUGUGCAUGUGAGCCCGUGGUUCUUCAGACCCUCCCCAAGCUUGAAAGCCAACUUCUGAUUCUUUUUUCAAUUUGUAUGGUGCUGUUUAUUGCAGUAGUGGUUCUAUGUGGUUUUAGCUGGUGAAAUGUAAGUGUUUGCAUUUGUAUUAGAUUCUUGAAAAGUCAAUGACAUAAAUGGCAUUCUAAAUUA